AUGGCGCAUCUGUAUCAGGAGCUGAAUCCGCCCGUCCUCUACGUGGACAAGAAGUCAGGAUUCACGCCGGAAAAGUGGGCAGAGGCCAUCAGGGUUACCUGCACAGUCUAUGUUGGCAACUUAGCAUUCUUCACUCGAGAGGAGCAGAUUUACGAGCUAUUCUCGAAAUGUGGUGAUGUGAAGCGAGUGGUCAUGGGCUUGAAUAGGCACCAAAAAGUUCCAUGUGGGUUUUGCUUCGUGGAGUACUUCAAGCAUGAGCAAGCCGAGCUGGCCGUGAACCUGCUGAACAAGACUUCUUUCGAUGAUCGCAUCAUACGUGUCGAUCUGGACGCCGGCUACAGCAAGGGCCGGGAGUAUGGAAGGGGCGAGACUGGUGGACAAUGGCGUGAUGACUUUCGCGAGGAUGUCGACCCUGCGCGAGGUGGCAAAGGCGGAGGGCUCCUGAAAAGGAUUGAGGGCAUGCCUGGACGGCAGGUUUACCGUGGAACCAAACGGAAGGACCAUGGGAGGUUCGGAGCAGCCGAGAAUGAAGCGGGCAAGAAGGCGAAAGGGGAGAAACCUGCGGGUGUCGAGAAUGCAGGCAAGAAGCACCGCAGGAUCAAGAAAGCUGACUGUAGUGCCUUCCGCUCUAGUGUGGCCCCAAUGUUGCACUGCAUGAGUGGGUUGGUGUGCGGACGCUUACUGCGUUGCAUCUGGACGCGCAGUCAUGACAAGCCAUCGGGAAGGGCUCCAGCCGAGCAGAGGGUGCAUGAGCACCAGCCCAGUGCAGGCAGCGGCGUGGGCACACCCACUCUGAUUUCUUCCGGAUCCCGCAUCCACUUGGAAGUAUUGUAUAUCUCCGGUGCAACUGUUGCUGCUGUCGAUGCGUGCUCCAACUGGACUGGUGCAGAUCUGAAGCGCAUCCUGCAGCCAUUUCUUCAGAAGGGCGUGGCGAUCGCGGGAAUCAUCAACGAAGGCACAGCGAUCGAGGACACCCAAACAUUGGAGGACGCAGGCGUCAAGUCUGGACAGCUCUACCUAAUGCUGCGGAGCUGUACAUACUUGAUCGAAGAUGCCGGAGUGGAAGUGGUGAAUGGCUACUACGUCCAGAAAGAAGGUGAGCUGAAUAAAGCGCCAGUCUACGCGAAUGAAGCUGGCAUUCUGCUCUUCAAGUACAAGAUGGCCCGGGGCUCCGAAUACUGGUACUUAAGCCGCGACGGUGACCUGAGCCGCUCCGACGGAGACUACUACCGGGUCCGCUCCAACAACUCCAGGCCGCCGGAAGAGGGCUGGAGCUGGGAGGCUUGCCCUUUGGGUCGCCGGACCACGAUCCCAACAUUGACGUACUUUGGGAGCGACAAGGAUCUGGGAGAAUUGUGCUCUUCGUCCACCGCCUCUGGCAGCUGGGCCCAUCACGGAGCCUUCGCUGCAUUUUAUUUCUGCACUUGA